GCGGGAUUAAGGGCGGGUCCCGGUGGCGGCGUAUUUAAGGCCGGGUGCGGGGCGCCCCCUUCACUCUCGCGUUAGGAGGCUUGGGUCGUUGUGCUGUUCCGUCUACCCGCGUUCGUCAGGGACCUGCCCGACUCAGUGGCCGCCAUGGCAUCGGAUGAAGGCAAGCUUUUCGUUGGAGGGCUGAGUUUUGACACCAACGAGCAGUCCCUGGAGCAGGUCUUCUCAAAAUACGGACAGAUUUCUGAAGUGGUGGUGGUAAAAGACAGGGAGACCCAGCGAUCGCGGGGCUUUGGGUUUGUCACCUUUGAGAACAUCGAUGAUGCCAAAGAUGCCAUGAUGGCCAUGAAUGGGAAGUCUGUGGAUGGGCGACAGAUCCGAGUUGACCAGGCUGGCAAGUCAUCUGACAACCGAUCCCGUGGGUACCGAGGUGGCUCUGCCGGGGGCCGGGGCUUCUUCCGAGGGGGCCGAGGCCGGGGCCGUGGGUUCUCUAGAGGAGGGGGGGACCGAGGCUACGGGGGGAGCCGGUUCGAAUCCAGGAGCGGAGGCUAUGGAGGUUCCAGAGAUUACUACAGCAGCCGGAGUCAGGGUGGUGGCUACGGUGACCGGAGCUCGGGCGGGUCCUACAGAGACAGCUACGACAGUUACGCUACACACAACGAGUAAAAAUCCUUCCUGCUCAAGAUCGUCCUUCCAAUGGCUGUAUAUUUAAAGAUUUUGGGAGCUUCGCUGAAUCGUUAAUGUGUAGUGAACACACCUCCUUGUACCCCACUUUUGUAGUCUUAUCGGUUCUGAUCUUGUCAAACACAGCCUGACUGCUUCUGACCCCCAGAUGGCCUCAUUAUCAGACACUUACUUUUAAGGCAGUGCUGUACGUUUUUAAGGGUUUUAAAAACGUUUUGAAAAGCACUUCAGAUUUUCCUUUUUUCGUUUUACCGUGAGCCAUAAGAUUUUUAGAAACUAGUUGGGGGUUGUGUGGGCUUCAAUUUUGUUUUUGGUUGUGUUGCCAUUUUUGUUAUCUUUUUAGUGGGGUUGGCCCCGUGAAGUUGGGUGCCCUGAUUUAACUUACCUUUGAGACCGAACGGAGUCUGAAUCCGCUCUUUGUCGGAAGCUGAGCAAGCUGUGGCUUUUUCCCACUCGUGUAACGUUUCUGAGCGUAGCGUGGUAGGACCCUUCCCAGGCAACAGCACAGGUGCCUGGCUGCCCUGGGCCCAGCCUGUCUGGCCCUUCUGUGCUGUGUAUGACCCACAGUAGACUUGCAGACGUACCCCGAGAGGUUCUUAAAAAUGUUUAUUUAUAUUGUCCUUUUUUACUGGAAGACGUAUUGCAUACCCCAUUGAUGUUGUAUUUGAAGUGGUUAAGGAAUUCUUGUACACAGUUUUUUUGGCUUUACGAAGCCGAUUAAAAGACCGUCUGAAAUGAA